UCUACCAGACGUAUCGUCCUCAUUGCUCCACUGGAAAAGCAUUUUGUGCAUUUAAUUUCUAUUUCUCUAACCUUUUCCUUACGGAUCAAUCAUUGCGCAGCGGUAUUCUCUUAAAAUCAAGAACAAUCUUAUUGAAUAAAGAACGCAUUCUGCAUCCUGGCACAUGCUUUGUACAAUGGAAUAUCAUUCUUGGGAUUGAUGCUCAGAAAUAAUUCUGUAAUUGGAUGGAGUGCUUCGCCAUGGAGAAUGACAGGACUUACAUGUCGACAUGGCAACUAAGGAGCACACCGUAGCCAUAGCCUUCCAUUAAGAGUGCUGCUGGCGUCGCUGCCGCUUGUAAGAAGAAGCGCUGAGAUCCGAGCGCGGUGUGUGUUGGACACAGUGGCUCCCCCGCAGGCGGUUUGGUGACACUACAGGGCUGUGCCAGCAGGGGGCCUGUAGACGGCACUGCAGCCAUCAGUGAAUGGCCACAAGCCCAGAUUACUACAGCACUUAUGAACACAGCCCGGAGGUAAGCAACCAAUCAGGAGCCAGCGAGAACCGCGAGGUCACACAGCAGACUCGUGCCAUGGAGGUCAAGGCUGACCUGAUCACGAACCACAACCUGGGCCAGGCGGGGCAGGACACUAAGCAGCGAGCGGAGCGUAUCUCGGAGCUGCAGGAGAGGAGACGCGGUCUGCAGACGCUUCUCAACACCCGUCUGGCCGAGCUGAAGAGAGUCUGCCUGCAGGAAGCGGAGCUGAUUGGAGAGGUGCCCGCUGAGUUUCCUCUGGAGGCGGGAGAGAGGCCCCCCUUCGUACGCCGCAGAGGAGGCUCCUCUCGCCACGGACACAAACACACACACGCAGCGACCAAGGGAGAGGAGGACGAGGCCAACCAGCGCAAGCUGAAGAAAACACUGUUCAGUGGCACCCUCCGCAGGCACGACUCGGAACCACAGCCGCCACAAAGCAAGAGGACUGUACACCGAGGAUGCCACACAGAUAACUCGGUGAGGUCAGAAAGUAGCUCCACGUCGGACUCCAUGGCACAGGACAAUGAUGAGGUGUUUUCUCCCGAUGGCGUGUCCCCGUCGCGUCCCCGCGUGGCCCACGAGAGCCCCGACAGCCGGUUCUGUCGCAAGCUCUCCCCCGUGGAGAUCUACUAUGAGAUGCGCACGCGACGCAACUCCCUGGCCAGCUCCGCCAGCCCCAGUCGUUCCCUCCCCAGGAGUGUGUCCAACCUGGAGGGUAGAAGCGUCCCAGCCACUCCUCUCCUGGCUCGCACCGGGCCCGGCCCCAUCACGGCACACAUCAGGUCAGAGGUAUCCAAGCAGCAGUGGUCAGACAAUCCCGAUGCUCCCAAUCAUCACCAGCAGGUGGCGCUGCAGCCUCUGCAGUCCCAUGACGGCGGCUCAUCCUCGUCCUCCCAGCCGGGCUCCCUGGAGCAACAGGGCGGCGGAUCCAGCAGCAGCAGCAGCAGCAACCAGACGCGCCGCAGCAACAGCUCCGAGGCCCUGCUCGACCGCACCGUAUGCAUGGACAACACCAACAACAACAGUGGAAGUGGCGGCAAUGGCGGCGGCGGUGGUGGUGGAGGAGGUCAGAGAAACGGGAUGCCCGUGAGGGGAGGUCCUUACAAGAGCUCGGAGGCGCUGACCGACGGACGUCUGAGACAGGCGCAGAGGGGAAGCCCAGACAGGCUGCCCAGCAACGGAGGAGGAGGACACCCCCUAGGAGGGGACCCCCCUGCUGCUAACCGCACGUCCGUCGGAGGAGGAGGAGGGGGUCGCGCGGGUGCCGGGAACUACAGCGAGAUCCUGCUGGACUACGUAUGGGGGAAACAGCAGCAGCAGCAACAGCAGAAGAUGCAGCAGCAGCAGCAGCAGCAGCAGAGGAUGCAGCCUCUCGUCAACGGCAAAGCCAGGCCCCGGCCAGAGGGCUCCUCAGGACCACCCCCACCACCACACCCCCUGCCCUCCCACUACCACAACGGCUACCCCCAUCCCCCUCCUCCUCCUAUGCUCACAUCCUCCUCCAACACCUCCUCCUCCUCCUCUCAGUCCCAGCAGCAGCAGCCUCCGCACCUCUCAGGCGGCCCGCCGGCUUACAGCCCUCACAUGCUGCGCGGCAAGCCUGGCGAGCCGCGGCGGGUCAAGGUGUCGCGCACCAAGUCCUGCGGGCCCUUCAUCCCACUGCAGCAGCACCAGCAGGAGAGCAACAUCCUGCUGUCGGCGUACCCCGGGGGGGAGAACAACCACCCGCCCCCCGCCAACCUCAACGGCUUGUCCCCUGCCGCUCUGCCGUACCCACAGCACCAGCAUGGCGGCGACCAGGCUCCUGGGUCGCAGAACGUGCACAGGUCCCAGCACCAGCACCAGCAUCAGCACCAGCACAGUACAGACUCCACUGCCUCCACACCAGACGACGCCACCCGCAGCCUCCACAAGGCGCUGGCUCUGGAAGGCCUGCGAGACUGGUACCUGCGCAACACCCUGGGUCACCCACCUGGGACCACGAUGGGCGGCAGCAACAACAAUAACGCCUCGAAGAACCAGGAGGGGGCGCCACAGAACUUGAGGCGGAGGACCACCAACUCGAUGCACGGCUGCCACGGGUCUUCUUCUUCUUCCCAGCAACAACACCCGCCUCUCACCCACCAGCCAAAGUCGUUCCAGGGGGGCGACGCUCCCGCCGUGCCCCACUAUAACCAGUGCCACGGCGGCUCGCAGCUGCCACAUUCGCAGACCUUCCACGGGCACCCGCUUCACGGCAGGUCAGUGGACCUAUCUCUGUACCAGGACUCCUUCCCCUCCAAGAUGCAGGAGCUGAACCUGAAAGAACCCAGUGUGGAGCGGCCCAGCCCGGGCACGUUGGUCUGACAUCUGUGGAGUGCAUAAUAUAUGCACAUCCAAAACAAAAACUAAAGCACAGACAGUAUUUAACUACUGCGUUGACAGUACAGUAACUGGCAGUUGACUGACCGGAAUGAGCCCUUUUGGAGAGCACUGAGCCUCCUGGACAUUCUCAAACGGACUGAGAGGGAAGGACAAUGUGGAGCUUUUGAACAGUAAUAUUUACUCGCAUCACAUUCCCUGAAACAGCACUGAAACUGUCUAUCGGAAAAACAAACAAACUUGCUGGCCAUGUUACAGUUUCCUUAAUCAGGGGAACUGAAAUUAUCUUAAAGUUUAUAAGCCAACUGCUACUAGUUUCGCAGUUUUAACACCAGAGUCAGAGUACUUAAGAGAUUCCACCUAAACGUCUAUCAAGAGUAAGAGAUUUUUUAGUGCAAAGAGUGUAAGAUAAUGAUUCACUCAGUCCAGACUUGGGCCUUUAUCUCAGUAUUAAAACACUAUAGUUAAAAAGAAAUGACAUUACACUAAUAACGUUAUUGUAUUCAAAAGGCACUACUGCCAAACCUGCAGCCACUGAAAUACUUGCGAGUAUUUUUUGCAAUCAUUUUUUAUAUAUCUAAACUAAGUAAUGCACCCACACUUCUCAGGCAGAUGAUUCUAUCCCUAUUUUUGAAUAUAGUAUCGAUAUUUGCUGGCAAACAUUUGAAUGACAGCUUGCCAGUAUUAAAUAAAUAAUAUUAUAAAGCAAUAUUAUUAUUGUGACAAAAUGUAUUGAAUACCAAAAACCACUAAAUGCAUAAUGCAUAUCCUGGCUUAUAUUGUGGAUUUGUAAUAUAAAUAUACAUUGGUAUGAAUGUAGAAUGAUGAGCAACGUCAUGGAUUCAUCUAAAUUCAAUAGUGUUAAAGCAGUCAAACGGAUGACCUAUAUAUUGCCUUGGGUGGCAUAUGGUAAUGAAAAGGUUGAAUGCAUUAAUAUAUCAUUUUUGCCAGUUUUUCCUCCAUCUUUCUGCAGAAAUGUUAUGUAAGGUUACUAUAUGGAGACUGUUGUGACUGUGUACACCACAUGCCAUGCAGGCAACAUGUUUUAAUAGGCUAUAUCAGAUUAUUAAUGAUAGGGUCAAGUUGAUCUGUGGCUCCAGAUCUCUAUAUUGGUGUGCAUAUGCAAUACAAGCUUGGCCUUGCCUGCCUUACAUAACUCUCUCUUCUGGCCUCAGGCAGUCGAGCAGUAUUACCACCUGUAUCACACAACAGCAGGAAAGAGGACACUUGUGCCAAAUUAGGAACUUUGUUUUGUGAUUUCCAGUAUUCCCCCGUGUUUAAUUUAUUACUCAUUUAGCAGCCAUUUUGAGAAAUGAACUUUGAGUGAACAACGAAUUUGUAGAAUUAGGGAAAUGAUUGUUUCCCUUGCCUUUGUAGAUAAUGGAAGAGAAUAUAAUGUGAACAGCCCCCUGAAUGCGCUUCAAGGAUAUUUGUUUCGUAUUAUUUUUUUGUUUGUUGUUUGUUUUUUUGCUAAGUCAUCAGUGAUUGUGUUUUGAAACUCAAAGUGCUCAUUACGUUCUGGUUUAUUUAUUCUCAUGUGGUAAUAGGUAACCCACCCGUGAAUUUCUAAUCGGGAGAAAUUAGUGUUUGGAAGAACACUACCAACAUUGACCACUAGAGGGAGAUAUUUCUCAGUUUACUGUACAUACAGCACGCCCCCAAGAAACCCACAAACCAGCCCUGUUUGAUAACCCGAGGACAGUGCAAAGCCUGAAUGGGUACAAACACAUGUGGCCAAGAAGCAGAAAAUGGAUGCAGCGAAAAAAAAUGUAUUUGCCUGACAAUGAUUUCCCCUGCUGCUGUGUCACUCCAAUGUGACUGUUCUUGCUUUGUGUACCACAAGGAUAACCAUCAUGCCAUUGGAAUGUCCAAUACGUGGGUAAGGGCUUUUGUCACUGUCAAGUGUCAGUUUCAUUUCUAAUUCAUCUCUCUGUUUUAUUUUUUUCCCCACUGUGUUCACAUUUCAAUCUCAAAUGUAUGUGGUGUGUCUGUGUGUCUGUUUUAAUAAACCACAGUGUGAACGCUAUACCAUGUCAGGAUGCCAGCUGUCAACCAUUGUGCCUAUCAGCUUCACUUCACCUAGUGGAAAUGUCCAUAUGUCUUGGCAUUGGGAAAUGCAUACGGCAGAGAAACUGUGUGUGGGAACUCACGUAUUGUGUUAUUGCAUCAUUCAUGUGUAUUUCUGUUCUUUUUUUAUUAGGGGAUUUCUUGACGGUGUAAACAGGGAUGGGGUAACGAUUGUAUUGGCUGCCGUGGUGCUGAAACAACUGCAAAUUAUCCGGAUUGCUGGCAAAUCCACUGUAGAUAAUGAUCUUCUAUCUGUAAUACCUAGUGAGUCGCUCUCUCCUUUGAACUUCUUCCUUCCCUCUAGCUGUUUGCAUGCCGGUACAGUACAUGUGCCCUUUCUGAACACCACCGUAGUUGUUUUUUAUGGAACGGAAAAACCUCAUCAGUGCCCCACACAGUCUGUCUAACCCCAAACUGAGCCGUAGCCUUUCUUCAUCAACGUCCCCCAUGGAUAACCAGUUAUGCCAUGGGGAAAAGAUACGUAGAUAAGAAAACGUGCUUGGCUAUACAAAUAUGAUAUGUGGAACAAAAUGUGCCAUAUACUGUAAGUAAGCACUCAUACUGUACACGUUUCAUGUACUGCAACAUGGAAGGUGUAUGUGUGCCUUACUUGCGCGUUUCAUAGAGAUCUUUUUUCCGAUGGGACCCCUCUGAUAACCACAGUAGAGCUGGAAUUACCUUCCACGCAGUGAUCUUUACAGUGUUAAUUCAACAUUAGGACCAACUAACAGAGUGCUAAAUUCAACCCUCUAUGUGUUCAAGUAGCGCUGCAUCACUCACUGUGCAGUCAGCCUCCACCUUCUUGCACCGUGUGCAAGAGGAAUCCACGUUCUUUGGUGAACAUUGGAGUGCUGCAGACUUGCUAGUGUCCGGUUGUUGCUUUAUCCUCCUGGUCACCACCAGAUGCUGCCGUGCUUGUCUCAGGACUACCGUUAUGCUGCUGGGGGUUGGUUGUCUUCUAUUGGGGUACCAGAGUCUACUCUCUCCUGUGGGACUCAUGUAGUUAGACAAGGUCUUAGUAUCCCUUCUCCAAGACAUCCUCUGGUUUCCCCUUCCUCUGUGCCUGAAAACUCACAGGACGUCUCACAUCACAAACAUGUGAGAGGACGAGGAGGGAGGAGAGUAAAAAAAAAAAAAAAAGACGCAGUGUUAUUGAUGCCUGGUUUUACCAGACCAAGUAAUUCAAAAGGAAUGGUCUGGCCUGUCAGGCUAACAAACCUCUAGGGUGUAUCUGACCCCAGAGUACUCUCUAAGUGUUGAAUUAACUCUUUUUUUUACUGUGAGGAGGGAGGCAAGAUGCUGUAGUUGAAGUUGGUCUGCACAUGGUUCUUCUUUUCCUCCAUUGGAGAAGAGAGGACAUGGAGGCCCGAGACUGAAGGCCAGAGGAAACAACUGGAGCAUAGAUAUUGAGAUGGCCUCAUACACAGUAAAAAUGUCAGUGUUAAUAUGACUUUCAAAGAACUCCAUUGAGAUCAUGUUUGAUCCCACUCAAAAAUAGUCCUUGUCAAAAAUUAGUCAGUGUAACAUUUUCAUUUCAUUUUACUCAAUAUUGUGUGAACAUAAAAAAAGCUGUAGAGUUGAAAUCAUAUCACUUGCAGAAUUGUUUACCCUGACAUUUGACACCAUGAUACAGUAAUUUGACUCCCCACAGUGUUGUAUAGGCUCUAUCUGGAUAAAUUUACACUGAAACAUUGACGCCACAUGUUUUUUACUGUGCAGUUGUGGCAGGGGAAGAGAGGUUGACAGAAUUUCAAUCCUCUGUCAUGUUGUGUAUUGCACUGAUGUGCCUCCCCAAGGGAGGUGUUGUGAGGGAGACUUGUGUGUUUUUGAAAGCACAUUAUUUGCCCGGCGACACAUUCAUUUCUCUUCUAUGGCUGUCCUGUUAUCUUUUUAUUAAAUGUGACUGUUUCCGUUCUGGUAUUUUUUCUGUUUUGUUUUGUUUGUUUUUUCUCUCUUCAAAUGUAUUGUUUCCAAUGUGACUAUUGCUUGUGUCAUAUUUUUGAUUGAUAGCAAUAUUCAAAUGAAGAAAAGGUAAAUCAUUUGUCAUCUCAGUUCACAAUUUCUGUGCUGUAAUAAGAACAAGGUACCAAAUAAGAUCAUUAAUGUUCAUCCCUGCAUUGCAGUUGGUAAACAAUACAUGGUGUUAAGAGUCUCUGACUGGGCUGUAAUUUAUGUUUCAGGCUGUUGUGCUAUCUAAGAGAAUUGUUAAGAAAAGACACUUUUAUAUUGCCAUCAUUACUCAUGUUAAUGUAAAUACUUUCAUCUUCACCUUUUUUCUGCAUUUUACUAAGUAAAGAUCCACCCUUUUAUGAGUGGGA